AUAACCUUGCUGGCUGGGAUGCAGAGAAAAGAGGCUCACAAGCCGUUGGUGGGAUGUAAAUGAGGGCAGUCACCACGCAUUCUGAGCUUGGCCUGAUGGCCCAGGAAAAAUGCCCCACCGCCAUGGCAUUUAGCAUGCAGAUUCUCAAAAUAACUGUACAUCGAACCACCAGAUGUGUGUAUGUGUGGGAAACGCAGGCCUCACAGAGUUGAGAGAUGAGCAAUCGCUGAAGGUGUGGAAGAGGCAGAUGGAUGGGGUGAGGAUGUUGUCAGCAGCGGAAGAGGUGCUGGGGAGCCUCUGCAUGGUACACUGACUGCAGAGAAUCAUGUGUGCUGUGGGUAUUUUUAAACCUCGAAGGCAGAUUCUCAUUAGAGAAGCAGAGACUCACCGCGUCCCACAACUCUGCAAGAAAGGAGCCAGGGCAACAAGGAGAAAGAAUUCUGAGAAGAGAGGGAAGCCAGAAGAGCAGGGGAACUGGAAAGGGAGCGGAAAAGAGGAGACACCAAUUUGGAACUAAUACCAGCGCUCUGGCUGGGCUCAGAGACCAGACACUGCAAGCAGGAGAACUUCAGCCAUGCCCACCAAAGCGUCCCCCCUGCUGCUCACCACCACCGGCUCCGAGAACAGCAGCUCCAUCUACGACUAUGAUUACCUGGACGAUGUGACCGUCUUGGUCUGCAGGAAGGAUGAGGUCCUGUCCUUUGGGAGAGUCUUUCUGCCGGUCAUCUACAGCCUAAUCUUUGUGCUGGGCUUGGCUGGGAACCUCCUCCUCCUGGUGGUACUUCUCCGCUACACACCGCGAAGACGGAUGAUCGAGCUCUACCUGCUGAACAUGGCCAUCUCCAACCUCUUGUUUGUAGUGACGAUGCCCUUCUGGGCCAUCUCUGUGGUCUGGCAUUGGGUUUUUGGCAGUUUCAUGUGCAAGGUGGUGAGUGUUCUCUACACAAUUAACUUUUAUAGCGGCAUCUUCUUUAUCACGUGCGUGAGCCUGAACAAAUACCUGGAGAUCGUUCAUGCUCAGCCCCUCCACAGACCGCAGACCCGGUUCAGGAACCUGCUCCUCAUUGCCGCAGUGUGGACCAUGGCCCUGGCCAUCUCUGUCCCGGAAAUGGUCUUUGUCAAGGUCCACCAGACCGCAGAUGGCGUGUGGCACUGUUAUGCAGAUUUUGGCGGACAUGCGACUGUUUGGAAGCUCUACCUGCGCUUCCAGCAGAACCUCCUGGGAUUUCUCCUUCCACUCUUGGCCAUGGUCUUUUUCUACUCCCGCAUCGGUUGUGUUUUGGUUAGGCUGAGGCCGCCAGGCCAGGGCCGGGCUCUGAGGAUGGCCGCAGCCCUGGUGGUAGCUUUCUUCCUGCUCUGGUUCCCGUACAACCUCACUGUGUUUCUGCACUCGCUCUUGGACCUGCACGUCUUUGGGAACUGCCAGGUCAGCCACUCUCUGGACUACACGAUGCAGGUGACGGAGAGCCUGGCCUUCUUCCACUGCUGUUUCACGCCCAUCCUCUAUGCCUUCUCCAGCCGCCGCUUUCGCCAGUAUCUGAAAGCUUUCCUGGCUGCCGUGCUGAGAUGGCACCGGGACCCUGGCCCUGCCCAGGCCCUGCCAUAUAGCCAUUCGGAGAGCAGCAGGGUUACUGCCCAAGAAGAUGUGGUCAGCAUGAAUGACCUGGGAGAGAGGCAGGUUGAUGACUCCCUUAACAAGGGGCAUGUGGGGACUGAUUAGGCCUGAGUGGCCCUGCCAUUCUGGAAAGAACACCGCUCCCUUUCAGGGCCCGCAUGUCCGCACUGCUUGGCCCAGCGGCUCUCAACCACCAGCGGUCCUUGCUCAUGGCUGCCCCUUCCUCUGUCUCCCAGGACCCCAUGCUGUCUGCUGAUUCACUGCAAUGGUCUCCAUGAUCUUUGCUUCCAUCACGUGUCCUUCUGUGGCUCUCUGGGCGCCCAGCAGCCAGUGAGGUCAUUCUACUCGGGCUUUGAGGGCUUUGUGACCAGCCUAUGACCUCACCUCUGCCACACUCCCCCCACCCCCCAGUUUCUGGGUGCAGGGCUCCCUGGUCUGCACUGUGUUUCCGGAGCAUUCCAGGCUCACCCCAGUAGGGAGAGUUCAGCUGUGCCACCUGCCUGGACAGUCUUCCCCUUGGGGAGCGUUUGGCUCCUUCCUUUGCUUCUUGGGGUCAUGGUUCAGAUCUCACCGUGUUGGUGAGGGACCCCAUGCUCACCCUACUUCAUGCCCUGUCUGCAUCCCCGAUGCUCUAGACUGUGUGCAUCUACCCUGACCUCUUACUCAGUCCACAGAUUUCUCCUGUUUGUGGCGUCCACUCGUUACUGCCUUAAGCCCAUCCACCCCCCUAGAGCUGCGGAGAAAGGCUCCUUAAUGCAUGGCUCACAGCUACACUCAAACCAAGCCACGUAAGAAAGUGUCUGUGGAGUGUGAGUGACAAGUUCUUUCUCUGUGGCAUUUUUGGGAAGAGCCACAGGCGCUCUCUCCACCAGGGCCCUUUUCUGUGUAACUCAGAGAAAUCUAUACCUUCCUGGCCUUGACAGUAGCUCCAGAGCUGUCGUCUGAAGGCACCGGAGGUGCUUCAGUCGGAGAACAGCACAGCAGGCAUACAUCUGGCAGGAGGAGGGCAGGAACCGUCCCAGAUUGGGACUGAUCUUGGGACAUUCAGUCUUUCGGGGUCUGUCAGUCAAGUUCAAGGCUUUCUCUGAACUUUCCGAAACACAUGCUGGGGAGAAGGCAGCCCCUCAACACAUCCUGCAGGGAAAACUGGGUAUGCACGUGUGGGAGAUUAAAGCAAGAUCCUAUCUCUCAUCCGGUACAAGAGCAGCUAAAAAUGGAUCAAAGACUUUAAUGGUAGACCAGAAGCUUUGACCUGAGGGAAGAGCACAGGGGAACAACCAAGACAUUGUUAGAGGCAGGGACUUUCUGAGCAGAGUUCCAGUACCCCAGGAAACACAAGCAGGAACUGAGAAGCAGGAUUGCAUGAAGCUGCAUGGCGUUAGUCUCCAAGGCACAGGGCAAUGGUUGGGAUUAAAAGAGCCCCAUCUGUCUCUUUAAUCCCCCAAGGCACAGGGGCAAUGGUCAGGAUAAAAAGGCGGCUCCAUCCUGUCUCUUUAACCCAGCUCACUUUUACCUAACAGGGCCAAUAUCCAGACUGCACAGGGGACUUAAAAAUUGACAACGUCAAAUAAUAUAAUUAAAAAACAUAUGGGUGAGUGGUCUGAACAGGCAUUUCUCAAAAGCAAAGACACAUGAAAGCCGCUCUGCACCCUUAUCCGUCACGGAAACGCAAAUCAGAUGAUGCUGCAGGUCUACCUCACCCAGGACAGACAGUGUUCCCAGAGAAGUUACAAGAACAGCAUAACCAUGGACUCUGGUGGGACACAGGGGAGAGGGACCCUUAGUGGCUGCCACUGGGUAAACUGGUACCAUCCGUGGGCAGGAAUUUGUUGGUUAAAAAACUGAAACUGCUAAUGAUUCAUCAAUAAAACCCCUGAGUGUCCCUGAAGGAAGUGAAGUCGGCGAACUCCGGAAACAACCGUGCACCAUAUUUAUCAUGCUGUUUCCAAAAAUAGCCAGGAUGGGAAUCAUGGUAGCCACCCAGAAGCUAAUAAACAGAUAUGGAAAACACACCAUAAACACACUGUAGGGUAUUUUACCCAGCCUUGAAGAAGACGAAGAGGAGAAGUCGGAAAAUGGUAGUGUUCUGGUUCUGGUUGAGUGAAGUGACGUAAGCCAGUCUUAGAGGAGUAUCACUUAUUUCCUCUACUUCGUGGAAACUAAGACGAGAGAGUAGGAAGUAGGUGUAGGGAGAGCAGAGCAAGGAAGGCAUGCAUGACAUACACAUGUAUGGAGAGGUCACAGAGAACCCUGUCAGUCUACACAGGAUGAGUCCAUAACUACAGCAACAAUAAGCUUUGCUUGGCAUGAAGGCGAGGACUGUGUGUGCAUGCACACACACGUGUGUGUGUGUGUGUGCAUGCGCACGAGUGGGUGUGUGCACGUGUGCGCACGAUGAAUAUAUAUGUGCCAGUAUGUAGAAAUAAGAGGACCAACUCAGAUGCCAUCCACCUUUGUUUUUUGAGACAAGGUCUCUCCCUGGUCUCCCCCUUCCCCAAGGCUGCACUGGUCUAUGCUCCAAGCCUGGCUUUUUGGCACAGGCUCUGGGAUUGGACUCAGGUUCUGGUCCCUGUGUGGCAGGUGCUUCCUCGACUGUUGCUCUUCAUCCAAGGCCAGCGCUUCUCAGCAGCAUCCAGGCACCUUCACCCUCCAGCUCCUCCGUUUCCUGAACACCCGCCGCUCCAUGCGGCUCUCUGCCCUGCUCCCUCUUGUAAUAAAGUUUGCUUCUGGUCA